UAUUCUCCUCUACUCUACCUUCUCUUCUCCUCUCUACUCUCUCUUCCCUUCUCUUCUACAACCUGUCCUAUUCUGUUCUAUCCUGUCCUGUCCUAUCCUAUCCUAUUCCCUUCUUCAGAUCUGUGGAGGGGUUAGACUGGUGCACAGAUCUCCCCAAAAGCUUCUGCCCUUUCAAUAAAACCUGGUUAGUCUGAGAAGGGGCUACCAGACCCCUCCGUGGAGCAAGUGUCCCAGAUGCUGUCCUUUGCUUCCCACCUGAAGAACACAGGGCAGGUGUUAAUCAAGCUUGGCAGCCAUGCCAUCGUGCACACCUUUGGGUGGUACCGGAGAAGGAGAGCACCGGCGCUUACAAAUACAGGAGCGACGAGGGGGAGGCAGGGCUGGGAUUGAAAAAGAGUCUCAUCCGCCUUCUUGUGUGUUUGUGUUUCCUCUCUGUCUGCCCCGUUUCUGUACAGGCUCCUAGGCCGCUCGAAGACCAGCGAUGAGGGAACAAAGAUAGAGAAUGAGGUAAUGGCAGGAGCAACUGAGAGGGACCUUUUGUUUGAGCGUGGAAUGGUGACUCCGUAGCCCAAGAUGAAUGGGUUGUGAGGAGCGUCUUUGUACAGCACGGCUGGAAGAGGCAUUUCUCUCGCGCAGACCCUCUGAAGAGAAAAAUGGGUCUCCCUUCCCUCUUGCCAGUCUCCACCGAGAUGACCUCAUUCCUCUGGAGGACAAUGGAGGGUCUGGGCCUCUAAGUUCACAGCCGUUACCUCAUCUCCUUCCUGGGGGCCGCAGAUUGAAAAGCAAAGCGUUGCUCCCGUUCGGCGUCUGCGGUUGUCAUGGCGGACGAAAUGAACGGGGCUCAGCUCAUAGCCGGGGAGAGGCUGGUGACUUGGCUGGAAAGCAGCAUGGAGAGAUUGCUCCUGAUUGACAGCCGUCCCUUUGUGGAAUACAACAUGUCCCAUAUCUUGGAGGCCAUCAACAUCAACUGCUCCAAACUCAUGAAGCGCAGGUUGCAGCAGGAUAAGGUGCUGAUCACCGAACUUAUCCAACAUUCGGCAAAACAGAAGGUUGAAAUCGACGGCAAACAGGAAGUUGUGGUGUAUGAUCAAAACUCAGCAGAUCUGGCUACUGUCCCUUCCGAUUCCUUCCUGAGUCUCCUGCUGAGAAAAUUGGAGAAAAACUUCAACUCUGUUCACUUGCUUGCAGGUGGAUUUGCUGAAUUUUCCAAUUGUUUCCCGGGCCUUUGUGAAGGAAAAUCUAUCCUGGUGCCUUCCUGCAUCUCGCAGCCUUGCUUACCGGUUUCCAACACGGGGCCCACCCGGAUCCUCCCCCACUUGUAUCUGGGGUGCCAAAGAGAUGUCCUCAACAAGGAGCUCAUGCAACAGAAUGAGAUUGGCUACGUGUUAAACGCCAGCAACACGUGUCCCAAACCCGACUUCAUCCCAGAAUCCCACUUCUUAAGGGUGCCGGUGAACGACAGCUUCUGUGAGAAAAUCUUUCCGUGGCUGGACAAGUCCGUGGACUUCAUAGAAAAAGCAAAAGCUUCGAACGGUUGUGUCCUAGUCCACUGUUUAGCUGGAAUAUCCCGUUCAGCCACAAUUGCCAUUGCCUAUAUAAUGAAAAGGAUGGAUAUGUCCUUAGAUGAGGCCUACAGGUUCGUGAAGGAGAAGAGGCCCACCAUUUCUCCGAACUUCAACUUCCUCGGUCAACUUCUGGACUUUGAGAAGAAGAUCCAGAGCCAGGAGGGCGGCAGUGGACUUGUUAGCAAGCUCCAGCUUUUGCACUUGGAAAAUGGCAGCCACCACGGAGCAGGCGGAGGGCCCCCUGCCAUCCUGCGGGCCUCUUCUCUGCUCGGUGCUUCCUCUACCUCAGAGAACGCGGAGCAGAACCCCCUGCAGCCGGGAAACCCACCGGCUCCCCCCUCUCUGCCCCCUGUAGAGGGCAGCCCCUCCGUGCAAGGCAGAACCGGAUUAAACGUCCCCUCCGAUAAAGUGGAAGACAGCAACCGACUGAAGCGCUCCUUCUCCCUGGAUAUCAAGUCUGUCUCUUGCACCAGCGGCGGCAGCAGCAGCGUCUGCCUGACCGCUUCGGGACCGGGCUGCCCCUCCCUGGACGGGGACAUGCUGGAGUACUACAAGCAUUCGGCCACUUUGGAAGCGGGCAGCAAACUGUGCCAGUUCUCGCCGGUCCAGGAGGUUUCGGAACAGACGCCCGAGGGCAGUCCUGGCAAGGAGCAGGCCAAGCUGCCGGAGGAGCCCCAGCAGGGCCGGCCGCUGGACAGCCAGGGCAAGCGGCAACAUUUGGGCAGGACGGCUUGUCCCGCUCAGCGGCCGUCCUUAUACCCGCUUCAUCGAAGUGGCAGCGUGGAAGAUAAUUACAGAACCAACUUCGUCUUUGGCCUUUCCACCAGCCAGCAGCACCUGGCCAAGUCUGCCGCGGGGCUGGGCCUGAAAGGCUGGCAUUCGGACAUCUUAGCCCCUCCGACCUCCGCGGCUUCCCUGACCGGCAGCUGGUACUUCACUGCCGACCCCUCCCAUAUUUAUUCCGCGUCCGCCCUAUACGGGGGCAGCACCGCUUACUCGGCCUUCAGCUGCAGCCAGCUGCCCACGGGGUGCGAGCAGGCGCACGGCGUGCGGAGGAGAGAGAAGCACGGCGAGCGAGGCGACUCCCGGCGCAGCUGGCACGAGGAGAGCUCUUUCGAGAAGCAGUUCAAGCGGAGGAGUUGCCAGAUGGAAUUUGGGGAGAGUGUCAUGUCGGAGAACAGGUCCCGGGAAGAACUCGGGAAAAUGGGCAGCCAGUCCAGCUUUUCGGGCAGCAUGGAGAUUAUUGAAGUAUCUUGACUCUCUUCGACGAUUCCCUCCCCUCAUUCCUUCUUUCCCAAGUUUUCUAUAAAAUAAUUCCCUGUAAAUCUGAAAUUUCAGAAUACUGUUCGGCUUCAGUAUGGACAAAAUUAACAAAAUCAGGCGUGCGUGCGUGUGUGUGGGGGGGGCUUUGUGCGUGCACGUGCACACACACAGGCCCAUGAGCGUAUUAGAGAGAGAUUAAAUGGUAAAUUUAAUUUUUGCAACGGACAAUCAGCUCUUUUCUUGCCUUGCGUGUUCUUGUCACCUGAAGGCAAAAUAAUAAUAAUAAUAAUAAAAUGAAAAAUGCAGCUAUUCUCUUAAGUUUCCCUUAACAAACGAAGCAGUGGCUGGCCAAGGGGCCCAUCCUUAUUGUCUUUAAUGAAUCGGCCUUCGUUAAGCAGACGGGAUGUUCGUUUGUUUCUACUAAAGUUUUGAUUGAAAAGUGUGACUGAAAACGGAGUUUGUGCUCUCUGCUGUUGUCAAUUCUUUCAAGAAACGCGCCUUCACGGAGAUUCUCGGUCAUCCAGGUGGCGUUGUCUGGAAACUGAAUGAUGGCAACUGGGCUACUUUUCUUUUUGGUUUGAAAUGGUUCGCAGUUUGGAAGCUACUUGGAUAAGCCGCGAAAUGUUUCAAACCAAAAAGAGAGGGAAAAAGUCCGGUUUCCCAAGAAACACGUCUCGACGGGAACGGAGACAGACGUCAAGACGUGAGCUAUUUGCACAGCCAUUGUAUGAAUGCCACCUUAGUAGACAGCCUUCUUUAAAUUGCCUGGUCAGCAUCUCAAAAUGAGAGGAAGAAAAAAAACCCAAGCAGACUUUUUCAGGUUCUGGAUGUGUUGCGAACUGUUGGUGAGGACUAGCCUGUUAGACUGCAAGCUGUUCCACGUGCACGUUUUCAUGUUUGUGUCUUAAUUUGUGUCUAAUAUUCAAGGUACGCAAUAUGCCUGCAACUGAGACCCUAGACUGGCUGUUAUGCUGAUGCCUGAACUGUAUGUGGGAGACUCCUCACCCGGGUCUACCAAGGACAUUUACUCAGGAAGUGCCCAACAAUUCCCACGAUCCCAGCCCUCAAAGCAUAACCCCACUUCUAGGCCCAGACAUUGGCAAGCCAAGCAGGAAUGCAAAACGAGGGGACAUUUUUGGUGCUGUGUGUGUGUGUGUGUGUGUGUGUGUGUGUGUGUGUGUGUGUGUGUUAGGGAUGCAUCAGAGGGGUCCCAUUCCGUACUUCCAGUCCGUACAGAUGGAAUGUAAAGCACAAGCAACAGGAGUAAGUUGUAUUUGAAAGGGAUCAAUUUACCAUCCUGAACUUCAAAAUGUAGAUUAUCUACUCUCAGUACAGGUUACUUUCCCUGUAAUAGUCCCAUUUAAGAGCGCUAUAACGUCAACUGACAGUCAUGAUUUUCACUGGUGACCCAUCUGCACUUACUUAAUUUAUCAUACUUAGCUCGUCACUCCAUCGUGGAAAUACCCAUCAGCAUCUUUAGAGAGGGCACAGGAGCUCAGCUCUGAUUCACUGGGGAACCUUAGUUUACGAGUGAAAAUGUGUGUGUGGGGGGGGGGAAUGGGAGAGAGGACUUUGAAGCUCUGGACCCUCUCGACAAAGCCCGUUCUCUUGCGGCCCGAAGCGGAGACCACCCAGAAAGAAGAAGGCAGAUGCUGCAUCAGGUUAUCGAUAUUUUGCACGUUUAUUAAUAAAUAUGUCAAGUAAUGACCAGACACUGUUCACAGAAGGAGAUUCAAGGCAACGCAAAAAUAAAAAUGACAAAAACACUGUAUUUUUCCACAAAGGGAAAUACAUACAGAGCGUUUUCUGCCGAGUUUUCAAGAAACUACUUAAAUACCCUCCUACUUUCCCUAUUCUGCAUUUAAGAUCUCAAAUUAACCCCUUUCGGUACACUUAAAACAUUCCUGAGGAACCCCAGAAAAAAAAAAA